GGCGGCGUAUGAUGAUGAUCAUAAAUUAAUCGAGUAUCUUGCUGAAGUGUGCGGAAAUCGCAUAGUCGCACGGAGCAUUUUAACGAUAAACAUGACGACUAGGAAAACGUCGUCGACAUUAUACUAG